AUGACCUCCCUAGUCAGCACUUCUCACCUCCAACUAGCUGCUUUUGCUUUUGGUACAACAGGCUGGAUCUUAUGCACUGUUUCAAUGGGACUUGUGGAAUGGAGAGUAUGGCAUGUGGACAACACCACCAUCAUCUCUUCUGGCAUUGCAUGGGUGGGAAUAUGGAAAGUUUGCUUCAUUAGUUAUCUCCACGUUUCCUCUGACCUUAAAGAACAGAUCUGUCAUAAAAUGAAUGACUAUGAGACCUCCAUCCCCAAUGCAAUUUUUGUUGCUCAGGGCCUCCUGCUGAUUGCCAUGGUCGUUGGUGCACUGGGAAUGGCUUCCACUAUAUUUGCUCUGAGGAAUAUUUAUAUGGGAAUACUUUACAAAACUCAGAUCAUCCGUUUUUUUCUAGUGGCUGGAUUCUUGUACCUAGCUGCAGGUCUUUGUGUCUUAAUUCCAGUGAGCUGGAAUUUCUAUUCUGUAGUGCACAACCAAACAAUCUCCUUUCCCCCUUCUUUCUACAUGCCCUCCAGCCCAGUGGCUCAGGAAGUUGGUGCUGCUAUUCCUGUUGGGAUCAUAUCUGCCAUCCUGCUGCUGAUGAGUGCGACUUUCUCUUUUUCUUACAGAUUUCCUGUCACCCCAAAUGCUGGGGUGUAA